AUGAGCCGCGGUAUACGGUUCCUCUUCGAUCACAACCCUCACCAUGCCAAGGAUUUAGCCAAUUAUAACCCACCCACAGUUACCCGGAUCCUCCUGCCGCUUAGCUGGGCCUGUAUGCUUUUUGGUGCGUGGUAUCAGUACACAUUCCUAGAUAGACCUUACGAUACGGCCUGGCUACCAGCUCUGCACCGGAAAAAACCAGCCGAAUCCUCAGUCCAAUCAACCGUGCUGAUCGAUCAGGAUACUGAGAAGAAUGGGUUUGGUGAAAAAGUCCAAGCCGUCACCGGUCUCUCUGCGUCAUCACAAGAAGAAGAAGAACAAUCAUCAUCACCAUCUAACUACCACUAUGAGGAUCCGCCCUUCCCAGCCUCCCCUCAACCUCACGAAUUCGAAUCUCCAUCUCAAUCCGAACAGCGAUACACGACCGACUCGUAUGAUACUGGACUCAGUGCCAUACCUGAACUCACAGAGCAUAGCACCAGCGGCCGAGGAGGCAGUCGAAGUGGAAGCGGAAGCGGCCGGGGAAUCGGUCUUGCAUUCCCUCACUCCCACAGACAUCCCUCGAAUGCAACCUCCAACUCGAUACGUCGCAGUACUCGGUCGUCCGAAUUUCAAAUUGCUCCCGCUGCACUUCCCUCCACCUCUGAGGGUGCCGAUCCAUCCCAUAUAUCUGUAUCUCCGCCCCGUACUCUCCUGAGCGAGACGACCGUGUUUCCGGAUGAUUCAAUCAGCCAAACUACUCGUCAGAGACUUGGCUUGACGAUCUACAACAACUCCGGCUUGAUCGAAGAGGAAACUGAAGCAAUGCUCACCCUGGCCACAGAUGCGAUAAGCCCCGUCCGGGAAGAUCAAUCACCUGGCAAUAGUAUUUCUCAAACGAGUCCCAGUCCGCUCAUAGCGCAUCCACCCACACCGGGCUCGAGCGGUGUCUUGACCCGACUAGCACGUGCCUUUGGAGAAGACUCCACGUCAGGCAGCCGGCCAGAUCUACGGCGGACUCCCCAGACUGUCACUCGCGGGGAGGAGGCCAGCGAGGAACAGGCGCUUCAAUUCGAUGCCGAGCGCUGGGCCAGUCUUUCGGAUGGCCAGUCACCUUACGAACACACCGCCCGACUACGCCGAGACCUACAUUCCUGGACGAGUGAUGAGCCUACUUGA